AUGCACGCUUCAGCGGCCAUCUUCCUCACCUUUCUCGCAGGUGCGGCAUUCGCCAAAUUUCCCCCGCCCCCAGGCAAAAUCUGCGACACCGACAAAGAGUGCUCCUUUGCUUGUUUCAAGGAUGGGUGCAUGCCAGUUGCAUGUAAUGGGCUGGAGUGUACUACCGAAUCCGGCUUCCAUUAUAAAUGGACCCAGGAAAAAAAGGACAAAUUCAUGAAGGAAGGCGUUUGCCGCACAGACCCUGCGACGGACGAUCCCGAUUUUACCAAGUGCUUCCGCCGCUGCGAUUCCACUUCAGACUGCCUCAACGAGGAAUACUGCAACUUGUCCAGAAACAGUUGUGAGCCAAAGGUCAAGGAUGAGGAGGAAUGCAAAGCCGAUGAAGAUUGCGAAACUCUAUCAUGUGUUAAGGGGAAAUGCGGCUCCAAUAUUGGAAAGGACUGCAAAAGAGACGAGGAUUGUCCUGCUGUCAAUGGCGUACAAGGCACCAGGCUUUGCUCGAAGAUCACAAAAAAGUGCCUUGAAGGAAAUAUACCAACAGACAAAGGCUGCACCGAAAAUGCUCAGUGUGGGUCAGGAUGCUGUAGCAAGGACGGCACAUGCCAAUAUUGCAAGAAAUGCAACUCGGACAGUGAAUGUCCCUUUUCACUGGUAUGUCGCAAGGGCAGCGACGCUGACGGACAGAAAACAUGCCGUUCGCCCCCGCCGCCCCCGAAACCCAAAUGCUAUCGCCGUAAGGAUUGCAGCGGCAAAGUGAGAUGCUUCACAACCCCGACCCGAACCAUCCCGUGCAACCCAGGAAACGGCUCUCGUGGUUCCCCCUGCACACACAGUGCGCAUUGCCAUGGACGGAUGAAUUGCUUUGACGGAAAGUGCGGCUACUUUGGCAAGAAUUGCGGUAACAGACGCGACGGCUGUGGUUACCCCUGGCAAAAGAAGUGUUGCGAAGGACUUCAGUGUCGGCAAACUACUCCAGGCCGUAUAUCUGGCGAGUAUUGGUGCAUGUAA